AUGAAGAGAAAGAUAGAUUUGGUUGAAGAAGAACACGAGAGUGAACAUGAAGAAAGCGAACGUUCUGGUGAUGAAAGCGAAGAUGAAGAACCAAGAAUAAAAGAUGUUUUGAGUCAUCUUUCCCGAGCAGUGUCGGAAAAGCGUGCUUCUGAAUUACUGCAUAGUAUGGCCGCGUCCAAAGAUAUUCUUUUCUGGACCCCCAGUGGACAAUUACUUCGAAAUAGACGCACUAAUCAAGAACAAAAAGUUGUUAAGUGAUUUAAUAGAAAAGGAAAAAGGCUACCGAAAUGUAGAAAAUAAUUCCGAUAAUGAGAGCAAUAAUGAGGAGAGUUCAUCGGAUAUUGAAAAUCAGGAGGAGGAGGAGGAAGAGGCUUCUGAGAAUGGCGUUGAAGCGGAAGACACCCAAGAGAGCGACAACGACACUGAAAACGACAGUCAGGAAAUAGAAAGUAGUAGCCCUGAAACGUCCACCACCUUUCACUCUAAAAGUCCCUGUGAA